UCGAGGAGUCCGGCUCGUAUAUACAGUAUCAUCAAUCAAACCGGAGCCAAGCUCGCAUCAAUUCCACCCCCACACAGAUCAUUAAUCACACGGGGGUUGCAGCCUAAGCUUCUUCGCCCACGACCACCACUCGGUCUCGGAUCCAGAGGAGGCGCGCGCGGGCGGCGGAGCGUGGGCCGGAGGCGAUGGCGCACGUCCCCGCCUCCGUGGAGGAUGCGCGGCUUAUUAUUGAUUCACUACGUGAAGAUCCCCUAUAUGGUCAACAACUGCAGCCGGUGUCUGAUAGUAUAAAUGAAAAUGCAUGCCAGCUCUGCAAACAGGAAAAACUCACCUUUGAACCCCCACCAAUGUAUUGCUUACCUUGUGGUGCUCGGAUAAGGCGAAAUGGACCGUACUAUGCUUAUGAUACUCGUGAUACCCGCCACUCUGUCUGUAUUCCAUGUUACAAUAAGUCCCCUGGUCACACCAUUGAGGUUGAAGGACAGAUGUUUCCGAAGGCCCGAUUUCAGAAAAAAAGAAAUGAUGAGGAAACUGAAGAAUGUUGGGUUAAUUGUGAAAGAUGUAAUUGCUGGCAGCAUCAGAUAUGUGCUCUGUUUAAUGGCAUAAACUAUGAUGUAAAAGAAGCAUAUACUUGCCUCUAUUGCUAUAUUGAGGAAGUGAAGCAUGGGCUGCACGUGCCUUCACCACAGAGUGCUGUUCUUGGGGCAAGUGAUCUGCCAAGAACUGCUCUUAGCGAUCAUAUUGAAGAGCGGCUUUUUAAACGGCUUAAGCUGGAGAGACAGGCUCGUGCAGUUCAGACAGGACGUAGUUUUGACGAGGUUGCUGGAGCAGAUGGUCUUGUGGUCAGAGUUGUUUCAUCAGUGGAUAAGAAGGUUGGAGUUAAACCACGUUUUUUGGAAACUUUUCAAGAAGAUAAUUACCCGACGGAAUUCCCUUACAAGUCCAAGGCUGUUCUUUUGUUCCAGAAAAUAGAUGGUGUAGAAGUCUGCUUAUUUGGAAUGUAUGUUCAAGAAUUUGGUGCUGAAUGCGCUUUCCCGAACCAACGUCGUGUUUACUUGUCAUACCUGGAUUCUGUGAAAUACUUAAGACCUGGGAUUAAAGCAGCCACUGGAGAGGCCUUGUGUACAUUCGUCUACCAUGAAAUUCUGAUAGGAUAUCUUGAAUACUGCAAGCAGCGUGGAUUCACAAGCUGUUAUAUAUGGGCUCGCCCACCUCUGGAAGGUGAUAACAUUUUUUAUUGCAAUCCUAAGAUUCAGACGACUCGAACAUCUGACAAACUCCGGGAGUGGUGCUUAGCCAUGAUUCGAAAAGCUACUAAGGAGGAGAUUGUUGCUGAGCUUACAAAUUUGUAUGACCAUUUCUUCAUUACUAUGGGAGAGUGCAAGGCUAAAGUUACUGCUUCUCGUUUGCCUUACUUCGAUGGAGAUUACUGGCCAGGAGCUGCCGAAGGUAUGGUCAAUCAACUGCAUCAAGAAGAAGAUGACCAAAAGCUUCAGAAGAAGGGUAAUGCAAAGAAAAUUAUUAGAAAAAGAGCUCUUGAAGCUGCUGGCCACACUGAUCUAAGUGGGAACGCUUCCGAGGAUGAUAUGCUGAUGCAAAAGCUUGGGGAAACCAUUUAUCCAAUGAAGGAGGAUUUCAUUAUGGUCCAUUUGCAGUAUUCUUGUAGCCACUGUCGUAGCUUUAUGUCGUCUGGAAAACGUUGGGCUUGUCAUCAAUGCAGAAGUUUUUACAUCUGUGACAAGUGCUACAGUGCAGAACAAGAGCUUGAAGAGAGGGAGAGGCAUCCGAGCAAUAGUAGAGAAACUCAUGAGCUCCAUCCGGUUGACAUUGUGGGUGUGCCUGAAGACACAAAGGAUGGAGACGGUAUCAUAGAAAGCAAGUUUUUUGACACCAGGCAGGCGUUUCUCAGUCUUUGUCAAGAGAACCAUUACCAAUUUGACACCCUUCGCCGUGCCAGGCAUUCGUCGAUGAUGGUGUUGUACCACCUACAUAAUCCCACUGUCAAGUGUAAUGGUGCUGUGUAGUUACUCCCGUCCAUAGGGGUACAUUUAUUUACAUAUAUAUGUCAGGACCGGCCCUGACGUUCCACUUAUGAAGCAGGCCGAGAAACGGUAGCGACUGUUUUACCGAAUUCAUCGAUCUUUGCUCCGUGGAGAGAAAGCUGUGACUGUUAUACCGAAUCUCAACUGAACAAGAGGCGAUUGAGGCGUGUAUUGAUGUUGC